GAAUGUUUCUGAAAUUUACAUUCAGUACAUUCCUAUUUUCGUUCAAGUUUCAGUUUUUGUGUUUUAUUUAACGCCAGCAAAAAUGAAGCACGAUCAAAUUAUAUUCACGGACCAGCUGCUGCAUCAUCGAUGCGUGGCCAGCCGAGCAGAGGAGACUCGCAAAAGCUGGGAGGCAAAUGAAUCCUGGUAUCCGGAGACCCAGCGGGCACUCUACUCCCGCUACGGCCAGAUCUACAAGGAGUGCCUCGAGCAGUACGGCAACGACAGCUUUGAGUACUACGCGAAGCGGAUUCGCUUGCGGCAGGAAUACCAGGCCCAAACGACAUCCGCUGCUGAGGAGAGGGAGAGGAGUUCUGAUAUUUCGAUGGAUCACUUGAAAGGUUACAUGGUGUCCAAGACCACAAAUGGGGAGUACGGAUUGGUUAAGCCAUCGCGUAUCUUUUUCUGCUUCAAAUAGUAACAGUUUAACAGUAUACUCGGUCUUUUGUCUAAUCUAUUUACUGCUUCUGAAUGAGAAGGUGUUAAUAGAUUUAUUAAAGCCCCGAUCAACAUUUUUUGUAAAGACAAAUUGUAGGACAAAUAACUGAAAGAAAAUAAUCAACACUAUGAUAAUA